UGGGAAGCCACCUCAUUUUGAGGAUUUGGAAUACCUAUCUCCACUGCCAGGUACAUCCAUACAUCUCUCAAACUCCACAUCUUCCACUCUUUCCCCGGGAAACUUACAGAGCACGGGACCAAGAGACGACCUCUAACCUUUAAAAUACAGCCAGGGGAAACGACCGCCAGCUCUUGGCUUCCAGAGUUAUCGGCUUUACCUUUGCACGGGACCACCACUGGAGAACCUGCCCCAAAGCAUCCAGAUCCGGCUGUCGGGUAUCUCUCUCCCCGCAUCCCAUCCCAAUUCCCAUUUGCCGCGAUGCCACCCCUGCUCCGGGCAACCCCACCCCGGGCAACCACUGCCAGUCGAGUCCUUCAGGGACACCGUCGUCAUGCCGCCGCGGCAGCCGUGACCGGGAUUAACCGUUCUGGAGCGCGCCGGUUCAUCUCAUCCUCCGCCCGGCCCAACGACGGGAGUGCACCAAGCAAUACGAUAAAUCCCGGGAACAAUACUACUCUUCCACGUUCAACAUCCAUUCCUCUGCUUUCGCCAAGCCCCUUGACCACCACCAACACCAACACCAACAUCAUCACUUCCUCCUCCUCGUCCUCCUACUACCCCACCACCGCCAUCUCACAAACCCGUUGGUCGUCCACAUCUGCAACCAACAAUCCCAAGAUGUACACCACAUCUUUCGCCUUCUUCGAGGCGCUAUGGGACGCCGGUGUGGAACAUGUCUUUGUCAACCUCGGCUCCGACCAUCCCAGUAUCAUCGAGGCUAUGGUCAAGGGCGCACGCGAGAAGAAGGGGCAGUUUCCCCGCAUCAUCACCUGCCCCAAUGAGAUGGUCGCCAUGUCCAUGGCCGACGGCUACGCACGCCUGACCAACAAACCCCAAGCCGUCAUCGUGCACGUGGACGUGGGCACGCAGGGGCUGGGCGCGGCGGUGCACAACGCGAGCGCGGGGCGGGCGCCCGUGCUCGUCUUCGCGGGCAUCUCGCCCAUCACGCAGGAGGGCGAGCUGCGCGGGUCGCGCACUGAGUUCAUCCACUGGAUCCAGGACGUGCCCGACCAGAAGCAGAUCGUCGCCCAGUACUGCCGCUACGCCGCCGAGCUCAAGACGGGCGUCAACGUCAAGCAGAUGGUCAACCGCGCCCUGCAGUUUGCGCGCUCCGGUCCGCAAGGGCCGGUUUAUUUGUGUGGUUCGCGUGAGGUUAUGGAGAUGGAGAUCGAGCCCUACCAGAUCCAGCAGGACCAGUGGGAGCCUGUGGAGCUGGGCGGGCUGCCGCGUUCUGCCGUGCGCAAGAUUGCUGAGGCGCUGGCCGGUGCGAAGGAGCCGUUGGUGGUGACGGGCUAUGGUGGCCGGAACCAGGCUAUGCCCGCCGCGCUGGUGGAGCUGGCAAACACUGUCAAGGGGUUGAGGGUGCUGGACACGGGCGGUAGCGAUAUGUGCUUCCCGUCCGACCACCCGGCGUGGUUGGGUCUCAGGUUUGGCGUCGAAAGCGCGGUCACGACGGCCGAUACCAUUGUCGUGCUCGACUGUGACGUCCCCUGGAUCACGACGCAAUGCAAGCCGAAAGCCGACGCCAAGAUCUUCCACAUCGACGUCGACCCCCUGAAGCAGGUCAUGCCCCUGCACUACAUCCCCGCCCAGCACCGGUACCGCGUCGAUGGGCUCACGAGUGUUGAGCAAAUCAUGGCGCUGCUGAAGUCGGACGAGGGGUUGAAGGCCCAAGUCACGGGCGCCGAGAGCGACAAGCGGUGGACGGCCCUGCAAGAAUCACACAAGAAGCGUCUGGAAACCAUCGCGGUGCGAUCCCAGCCGCUCGAGAACGGCGAGUUCGGCACGAGCCACCUUUGCGCGAAGCUGAAGGACUUGUGCCCGGAGGAUACUAUCUGGGCCGUUGAGGCCGUCACCAACACCUUGUUUGUUCACGAUAGCCUGCAGCCCAAGCUUCCCGGGCAGUGGAUCAACUGCGGCGGCGGCGGCCUCGGCUGGUCGGGUGGCGGCGCCCUCGGUAUCAAGCUGGCGACAGACCACGAGGCGCAGCUCAAGGGUGGGAAGGGCAAGUUUGUGGUGCAAAUCGUUGGUGACGGCAGCUUCCUCUUUUCGGUGCCGGGCAGCGUGUAUUGGAUCGCGAAGCGGUACAAUAUCCCCAUCUUGACCAUUGUGCUAAACAACAAAGGCUGGAAUGCGCCGCGCAAGUCUCUGCUGCUCGUCCAUCCCGAAGGGCUGGGUUCGCAGGCGAGCAACGAGGAGAUCAACAUCUCGUUCGACCCCGCCCCGGAUUAUGCGGGCAUCGCGAAGGCCGCCUCUGGUGGCGACAUACACGCUGUGCGGGUGGACAAGGCAGCUGACUUGGAACGGGUACUCAAGGAGGCCAUCGAGGUGGUGAAGGGGGGCCAGACCGCUGUGCUUGACUGCAAGGUUGCCAUGGGCUGCUAAGCGCAUGUAUGUAUGUUCCCGCAUGGGUGUCAGCAUUAAAUUUGAGGAGCAAACAACCACAUUUACUGCG